AUAAAUAUAUUGAUCAAUUACAGAAUCUUUAUUAUUGUGUCUUUCCUUACCAUCUCAAAUUGAUUAUUCACUAAUGGAGAAGGAGAAGGAGGGAGAGAGAAUAGACAAAAUCAACCAUUUUAGCCAUCCUCAUCCAUUGCUGUUCAAUGAUGAAGAGCAGAGUGAUAAAAGUAAAGAAGUUCGUUGCUCCGCAUGUUGGGAAUCCUUAUUGGGCUCAAGUUUUAGCUGUGGAGAAUGCGACUUUCACCUCCAUAAAAAAUGUGCCGAGGCACCUUUGGAAAUUCAUUCCCCUUUCCAUUGUAAGGGAGGUACUCUUACUCUUGUGCCAAAUCCACCAUGGGAGUCGCCACUCUCUAUUUGCGAUUUGUGCAAGGAAAAUCUGCAAAUGCAGUACGGUAGUUACGAUUGUUUGAAGCAAGAUUGCAAUUUUGUUGCCCAUGUGGAUUGUGCAAUGGAGAAGUAUCUUGCAACCGGUCAGAUAAAUGAUCAAGAUGAGGAGUCUAGUGAAAAUUUAGCUUCCAUCACUUUUGUCGUUGAAACGAACCAACAUGGAGAAGCCAUAAAGAUAAAACAUUUCAGCCAUGAACAUGAUUUAACAUUAGACAACGAGAUUAAGGAAGACGAUGAUAAACGUUGUGAUGCGUGCAUGCUAUCCAUCUCAACUUCCUUUUACUAUUGUUCACAAUGUGAGUUCCUUCUCCACAAAACCUGUGUUGAAUUAUUGAGGAAAAAACAUCAUUGGUUUCUUGAAUCUCUCUUCACCCUCCAUUUAGAGAACAUUUUCCAAUGUGGUUUAUGUCAACACUACUGUAGUGGUUUUGCUUACCAUGGUGACUAUUACAAAUUUUGUCUAAGGUGUGCUGGAAUUUCUCGUAUCCUCCCCCGUCAAAGACACAAGCACACUCUCUUUUUUGACUUUGAUUUGAAUAAAGGGCAAUGCAAUGCUUGUGGUGAUUACAUUCAUCGUGGAUACAAGUGUAAAGAUUGCACUUUUGUUUUACAUGUUAAAUGCAUGGCACUACCACAAAGAGCUCGGCAUAAGUGUGACAAACACUUUCUAGAACUUACUUUUCAUGAUGAAAAUGCUGAUCUAGAAGAAUAUUAUUGUGAUAUAUGUGAAAGACAAAGAAAUCCAAACCAUUGGUUCUAUCAUUGUGUAAUUUGUGAUAAUUCUGCUCAUUCGAAAUGUGUUUUUGAAAGAUAUCCAUUUCUGAAUAAGAAGAUAGGAAAGACUUACAAGGAUUGUUUUCAUGGUCAUCCACUCAUUUGUGUUAAAAAGAGUUAUGACAUCUGUCUUAGGUGUGGCCUGCCUUGCCAAGAUAUAGCUCUUGAAUGUAAAUCUUGUAACUUUACCGUCCACUUUGAUUGUCUUUACUUUGAAGAUUUGGUAGCUUUCUUAUAAAGUGGGGGUGAAGUUAAAAGGGGCGCUUGUUGUUUUUGAUUGUAAGGGGUUGUUAUUUUUCCUUUGUUUUAUGAGUGUCUGUCUGUUCACUUGUAGCCUUUUGUUCCUGUUUUUUUUAUCAAUCUUGAUCAGUUUGUAAGUGUUGCCUGAUUGGGCUUGAAUGGCAUUGCUUUUUGUUUCAAUUA